UGCCAUGAACAUAAUUACUUAACUGCGAAGCUUUGUGCAGUAUAUAUAUGCAUAUGAUAAGGGUUUUAGCCUCAAACAUCUACUUAUUCGUAUUUUCUCCGUUGAUUACAAGCUUUUCUGAGCACUGAUUUUGUUGAGAAAAAGUUGAAACAUCAUAUUAUCCACACCAAUAAACCGAAAUGUCGCUGUCACUGAAAAUCGAGAAAGAAUUUUCUCAAAAUUCUGAAAGAGUGAAAUCAUUGGAUCUACACCCCAACUCACCCAUGAUUCUUGCAAGUUUAUACUCUGGAACUGUUUGUAUUUGGAACUACCAGUCUCAGACAAUAGAGAAGUCUAUCAAAGUCACAGAGUCACCAGUGAGAUCGGCGAAGUUCAUAGCACAAAAGAACUGGAUUGUGACUGCGGCCGACGACUCGUUUAUUCGCGUCUACAACUAUGACACAACAGAAAAGAUCAUAGAGUUUGAAGCACACAAGGACUUCAUUAGGUCUCUGGCCGUCCAUCCAACUCUUCCAUAUCUGCUUUCGGCAUCUGACGACAAGACCAUAAAGCUGUGGGACUGGGAAAAUGGUUGGACUUGUACUCGGAUCUUCGAGGGGCAUUCCCAUUACGUGAUGCAAGUGGCACUCGAUCCUAAAGACACACAUAAUUUUGCUAGUGCAUCGCUUGAUGGAACCGUUAUGAUAUGGAACAUUGGCUCAUCUGCUCCAAGUUUUACACUCGAACGCCAUUUGAAAGGAGUGAAUUGCGUCGAUUAUUUCAGUGCUGAAGAUAAACUAUAUCUAUUAAGCGGCUCUGAUGAUUUUACUGUUAAGGUAUGGGACUAUCAAACAAAAAGCUGUGUUCAAACACUUGAAGGUCAUUUGCAUAAUGUGACGGCUGUUUGUGUUCAUCCGGAACUUCCCAUAGCCAUUACAGGUUCAGAGGAUGGAACUGUCCGCAUAUGGCAUGCCACUACAUAUUCGCUGGAGAACACAUUAAACUAUGAUCUUGGAAGAGUUUGGGCCAUUGGAUACAUCAAAGGAUCACAACAGGUUGUAUUUGGUUGUGACAAUGGAAUUGUCGUGGUGAAAAUAAAUGUUUCUGAUAGUUAGAGAUUCUCUUAGGGAAUGAAGAUAGCUGCUGCUUCUACUGCUACUAUUGUCGGUACUGAAGGAAUAAAUUAGUUCACCUAAUAUUACUUUUUCUAGUUGUUGUAGUUAUUGUUGUUGUGACAUAUGUAAAAACUUAUUAUAUUUAACAAGUUCUGGUGGCUAAUAUAAGCAAAUAUGUCUGAUUUGAUUUGUUUCAAAUCUGAUGAGGUACAAUUUUGUAAUGGUCACCAGAAUAAGUUAUGUACUUCUCUAGUGUAAUAUGUGCGCUCUUUUAUGAAUAAAUUCACGUGCGGAAUUUUUACUUUUUACUUUUCAA